AUGCGGGCCGUGGCGCUGCGGCUCCUGUUCCUGCUGGCGGCGGCUCGGGGGUCCGAGAGCCCCGGGCAGCCCGGCCCCGCCUGCGCCCCCGUCGGCUCCCCGGGCUCGGGCGGGCGGCAGCCGCUGGGCGCCACGUGGGACCGGGGCCAGGGGCCGCCGGAGCCGGCGGGAGGCGCCGCCCGCGGACGGGCCAAGCGGGGUUUCACCUACCCGGGCACCCUCUGGUGCGGGGCCGGGAACAACGCCGACAGCUACGGGCAGCUGGGAGAACAUCGAGAGACGGACGAGUGCUGCCGGGAACACGACCACUGUCAGCAUGUCAUCCACCCCUUCACGUCCAAGUACGGCUACCGGAACCUCCGCUGGCACACCAUCAGCCACUGCGCCUGCGACCUGCGGUUGAAAGGCUGCCUGAGGCAGGUGAAUGACACUGCCUCCCGCGUGGUGGGCCAGGCCUUCUUCAACGUGAUCCAGGUGCCCUGCUUUGAGUUCGCCUACAAAGAGCAGUGUGUGGAGCCCUAUCUGUACAUCUGGUGCAGGAAGUACAACACUGUGGCCAUUGCGGUCCCCCAGAAGCCGGUGCUCUAUGAGUUUGGUGGGGAACUGAUAGACAAAGUGGCAGCCGGCUCAGACAGGGCUCCCUCCAGCCCAGCCCCCCAGCCCAGCACCCCCCCGCCUAGAGAGAGCACGGGCAGAUGGGCACCUCCUCCGACAAAGCACCCACCCCCAGGCCAGGAAUCUGCGCCCACUGGGCCCAAGCCAGAGAGCCCCGCCAGGAACCAGCGGACGGGGAAAGGGAAGAAGAGAGGGAGGAAAACCAAGAAAGGAAAAGGGCUGAAAAAGAAAGUCCAUUCCAAAGGUGAGGUGCUGGGGCUCCCCACCCCCACUGCAGAUGCUGCCUCCCUCCUCCCCAAGCACCUGGUGCUGGACUUUGGGGGGAAGGAGGAUGUGUUCAACGCCAUCCUGAACGAUGCCCCCGCCGGGGAGGAGACCCUGACCCCACGUGGGACAGGGCAGGCUGAAAGCAGGGACCGGGGGCAGUGGGAGGCAAGGCCGUUGCCUGCUCUCCAGCCCACCACGUUCCCAGCUGCCGGCAGGAGGAAGAGGAGGAGGGAAAGAAAUGGACGGAUGCGCCCACGAAAGGAAGCGGAGUCUCUGCCCAGGCCUGUAUGAGACUGGCUGCAGCCAAGGCCGACCUUCCCCCGAUCCCCAAGGGGCGGCUUGGCACUGUAAUAAAUUAGCUCGAUGCAGCCGAUGGUACCGUGCUAGUGUUCUGUCCCUAACCCUGCUGCUGGAGCGGUGUCUGCAGCGGGCCGACGAGCUGGAGCUCCUGCUGCAGGGAGCCCUCUGUGACUUGGCUGCUGCGUCCCAGCGCUGUGGAAAUGUUUGCCCAGGAGAGAGGGGACAAUGCAAUUUAGUACAUUUGCAAAGAGGGCCAAGGAACAAGAAAGACACGUGGCUCCCCAGAGCUAAUCCAGCACCGCCCAAAAGACCGAGGGAGCUCGGCUUAGCACAGCCGAAUGGGGGAGACCCCUGCCUGCUGCAGGGGGAAGGGGCAUAGGCCAGAAGCCCCUGCUAGUGCAGCAAAGCCUGCCUGCUCCACCAUCGCUCUCCCAGCAGAUGGGCAGUCACCGUGGUAGCAGCAGUUCUGGCCAUGCAGCUACAGGCACAGUCCCUGCCCCAAAGGGAGGGGUAGAAACGGACGAGGGAGAGCACGCGUGUGAUCGCUGCACUAGUGUGCAGAGCUAGCGGCUCGCUCUCUCCUGCUCCCACCUCAGCUCCUGCAUUUCCCCUGCCCCCCAAAAUGGGUCACUGCACCAGCGGUUCCCAAGAGAUGCUUUGGCCCUGGCCCUUUUUGCUUUACUGAUGUUUUAGGGGACAUGCUAACUGCCCCCUAGGAAGAAAACACCCAUCCAGCCCCUGCUAGCACAGCACGUACUCCCCUUGCUUGGCUGCCUUUUAAAGUGAGACUCCCAGGGGUUUGCAGCUCCAGGGCCCUGAGGAUGGUGAUGGGGGCUGCCAUUCCUGCACACCCACAAAGAAACAACCCUGGUUGUGUCCCAGUGUUUGGAGGGGAAACAGCAGCACAAUGGGACACUGUGAGAGCAGCGGCGAGAGAGCUGUGCAGAGCAGCGGGGGAGAAUUCUUCAGGCUAACCCCCACGCCCUGGGACUGGUGAGCCGGGGGCCCCUGGUUAGCUCUGUGAGGCCAGCCCAGCACCUGACCCUCCCAGAGCAGCACUCGCUUUUCUUUUGUUUCUGUGAACUGGGUGAUUGUUUGGCCUAGGCCAGGCAGGCUGCACCUCGGGCUUUCAGAAGGAUCCCGCUGGCUACAAGUGUUGGGCGCUGUGAGAGGAGCGCAGGUUAUUAAAGAACUAGUCGGAGUUACUCCUCACCCUUCCUGCUCUUUCAUUUCACACUGCUCAGCUUAGGAGCUAUUUUCCCUGCAAGCUGGCAGGGCAGGCAUGGCAGCGGGAGGAUGGGCGUGCCGAUUUCCU